AUGACGACGCCCUCCCUCCCACCUAUCACCACCCUCCCCACCCUCCCAGACUCAGCCCUCACCUCCACGCUGGAUCUCCUCUUUGAGCCCUCGCCUGCCCUGCACGCCCUGGCGUUACCCACUCUCCGCGCUAGGCCAUAUCCCUCCUACAACGACCUCAUCAUGGCCCUGAGCGUCCAGCUGAUGGAUUUAGCGUCAUCAUCAGCAGCAGCAGCAUCAGCAGCAGGAGCCGACACGGAAGGGGAAGGGGAAGGGGGAGAGGGAGAGAAAGAGAAAAGGAGGUUGUUGCAUUCCAUCCUGGGCAGCCAUCCACGGCUGGGGGAGAAGAAGGAAGUGCUGAGCGGGCUUAGUUCAGCCGAGCAGAGGCACUUGAAUCAAGAGAGUGAUCCAGAGGGGGAGGUAUUGGCGAGGUUGAAUCGCGAGUAUGAGGCAAAGUAUCCUGGGUUGAGGUUUGUCACGUGGGUGAGGGGUCGCGGGAGGGAGGAGGUGAUGGAUGAAAUGAGGCGGCGGAUUGGGAGGAGGGAUUUUGCAGGGGAGGAGAGGGAGAGUAUCAAGGCUAUGUGCCAAAUCGCAGCGGAUCGGGCAAGGAAGUUGCUGAGGGAGGGAGAGGACGGCCGUUGA